UAUCGCUGCUCCUUCGAGCCGUCCUCUUGCUCGUGUGCCUGACAACUUGAAGCUUAAAAUGAGCCGCACGGUGAUGUGGCGUCCGCGUGGUUCGGGCAAUUGCCGACUGACAGUUGCCGCCUGUAAGGCACGCCACGAGGCGACAAGGCCGGUACAGGUACGUACAUGUACCCAAGUACAACCUGGGUACGAAGAGCAUUCGGACAGAUGCGAACAGUCGCAAACGAACGGUAAGGCAACAGUAUUGCAAGCGUACAGUGACAGCAACCGGCCCUUCACCUUUGCCGUCGUUCAGACUCGCCAUGGCACAGAUCGCUGUAUCCCAUAUCUUAUCACCACUCCUCCCUGCCAGUCUAGGCGGCUUCCUACUUGUGAUCAUAAUCUUACUGCUUAUUUACCAACUCGCGAUCUACAUAUAUAACCUCUUCCUCCACCCUCUCCACAAAUUCCCAGGUCCCAAGCUCGCAGCAGCCAGCUGCCUGCCCAAGAUCACCAGAAACCUCCAAGGCAACCUCAUCUUCUGGACCGUCGACCUGCAUUCAAAGUACGGCGAAGUCGUCCGCAUCAGCCCCAACGAGCUCUCCUUCAACGGCGCAGAUGCCUUCAAAGACAUCCACGGCCACAAAAAGGCCGGCGAGUCCACCCUCGCCAAAGACCCAGCCUUCUACCUCGCGCCUGGUCCUCGGGACCCAAGCAUCAUCAACGCCAAUUUCGAGGGCCAUGCGCGACAACGGCGUAUCUUUGCCAACGCUUUCUCGGACCGGGCACUGAAGCUGCAGGAGCCGCUUUUCUUGACGUACGUGGACAAGCUCGUUGCGAAGCUACAGCAGCGCAUCACGGCCAAUCCAGACGAGAAGAUCGACAUGGUCAAGAUGUACAACUUCACGACCUUCGACAUCAUGGGCGACCUAACCUUCGGCGAACCGCUGGACAUGCUCGAGAACACAGACUAUCACCCUUGGGUCUCCGCCAUCUUCGCCCAGGUUCGGUACGGCACGAUCCUGCACAGUAUUCGCCACUACCACCCCGCGCUGGAGAAAUGGCUAUUGAAAUUAGUACCCAACCGGGUUCGUGAACAAGGGAAGAUGCAUCACGCCUUCUCCCAUGCGCGUGUUGACCGCCGGCUGGAGAAGAAGGACAGCAGGCCUGACAUCUGGGGCUUGGUGUUGGAGAGGGAGGGUCAUGAUGGCGGCUUAAGUAGGGAGGAGAUGUACGCUAACUCGAGUAUCUUUAUGACUGCAGGGACAGAGACGACGGCUACUCUGCUGAGUGGAUUGACAUAUUAUCUGCUAAUGAAUCCGGACAAGCUGGCCAGGCUGUUGGCUGAGAUCCGCUCCGAGUUCGCGAACGAAGAAGAGAUCACCAUCGAGCGUCUGCAAGGGCUGAAGUAUCUCAAUGCGUGUGUUGAGGAAGGACUGCGGAUGUUCCCGCCUGUGCCGAAUGGAUUGCCAAGGGUUGUGCCACCUGGAGGUGCAGUGAUUGACGGACAUCACAUACCAGCCGGAGUAAGUGACAGUGGAGAGCUUGUUUCAUGCUUGAGUUCGCUUACACUGAAGCCAGAGCCAAAUCUAUGUCACCCACCUCGCCGCUUACCGCACCCCCAACAACUUCCGCGAGCCUUGUUCUUUCAUUCCCGAGCGAUGGCUGCCAGAGUCCACCGACUUCGACAACGACAAGAAACACGCAUUGCAGCCUUUCUCGGUCGGCCCAAGAGCAUGUCUCGGGAAGAACAUGGCAUAUCACGAAAUCCGCAUCAUACUGUCCAAAGUACUUUGGCACUUUGAUCUGGAGCUUUGUGAG